AUGAUUGGAGCACUCAGACAAAGAUUUGGACCUACACGAAGAAGAGUCAACGAUCAAAUUGAACAAGCAAACGCUCUGACUAACAAAGCUCCCACUCCACGUGAGUUGGAGAAACUAACUAAAGAUGCCAAAAAACUACUCGAUCGACUGGAAGCAAACUUCACGACACUAAAAGAACUAAUGAACGACUUAAUAGAAGCAGCAGAAGGCGAUGAAUUUGAAACGARGCGAAUCGAACACGAAUCAGAGGACUUUGCGACUCUAACUUUGGACGCCAACGAAGCCAUUGCAGACUUACGAAACUUUUGGCAAGAUAACAAAGACGAAUUACUAAAGAACGAAGAAAAGAUCCAGAUACAUGAACUACGAACUGAAAUAGAGAAGAUAAAGACUACAGCAGCGAACACUACUAGUACUAGUAAAGUAAACACACGUGAGACAUCCGUCAAACUACCGAAGCUAAGUGUUCCAAAAUAUGAUGGAAAUAUACUAAAGUGGCAAGAAUUUUGGGAUUCUUUCAACUCAUCAAUCCACGAGAACAAAACAUUGAAACCAAUUGAUAAAUUUAAUUACUUGAGAGCACAACUCGUCGGUGAAGCAAGCGCCGCACUGUCUGGAUUGGAACUAACUAACGAUWACUACAAGAUCGCCGUAGAACUACUAAAGGAAAGAUUUGGACGUAAASAAGCCGUAAUCACAGCUCACUACACAGCACUCAUGGAUAUUAAACCUACCAUUGAAAAUGACACUCAAUCAUUGAGAAAAACAGUUGAUUUUAUUGAAAAACAUUUUAGAUCACUCGAAGCUCUUGGCGAAGAUAGCGAGCACCAACACUUCGUGUCAUUAAUUUUUUCAAAAUUACCCAGGGACGUGCGGAUCCAACUAGAAGAACAGAAUAAGUGUAAAGAAUGGACAGUACAAUCGCUUAGAGAACACUUACGAAAUCAUUUAACAGCUAGAGAAGCAGCUCAAACACGAAAUUUUAACACAAAAUUUGUACACAACAAUACUAGGCACCAGGCCCCUCCCGAUGAUGAAAGAAAACAAACAUAUACAGCCGAAUCUCUCUUUGCAGGAGAGCGACCAAUUCAACGAAAACCUAAAUGUUUUUACUGCAAAAACGAUCACCGUCUCAAAUCAAGACCUUCAGAAAUUAUGCGCAUUUCGAUGAAGAUGCUUUUCGUUAGGACUUGA